GUUGUGUUGGUGGUGGUGGUAGCGGUUUGGAGCUCUCUUUUCGAAUUUCGCUUGAAAAUAAAUAGAAUGUGUUCCAAUUAUAAUUUAUCCGACCAUCUCCUUCCUUUUAAAUGAUUAAAAUUACUCAGAUGAGUCUCGAUUUAAUAAAUUCAUUUACAUUUACCACGAAAAAGAUGUCAAAUGCCAAGAUUGAGUUAAGGUUCUGCCGUGAAACUGGCAAGCUUGUUUUCCUUCCACAGCAAACAAGUCUUUGAAGUACGUUUAGUUAAUACAUUUCCACCAUGAAUCCAACGACAUCUGUAAUGUUGGGUCCAGAUUUGAUGGGAGAGCUUAGAGCGUUUAUUAAUGGAGCAACUCGAAGUUCAAGGAAAGGUCAUUUAGACAUUGGGCUAGCCCGUGUUGCACUCUCUCUCCUCAAAACAUUGCCUGCUUCACGCGAAGCAGUUUUAGAGUACUUUUGCUUCCUUUUUGAUGAAGUUGUACGCCACUACAUAGAAAAUGUAGAGGUUGCGGCUCAGAAAGGAUCAAAAGAUCAUGAAGUUACUUUGUCGGCACAAGAGGAAGCAGCUAUAGCAGAAGUUCAUAAUGUUCUUUGUGAUUUUGUGAGUAAUUCUCCUGAGGCAUGGGCACCUAUCAUUAGCAAGUGGUCUCUUCAACUCUUAGGUGAGCUCUCUAGCCGUUAUGCCAGUAGAGCAGCCCAUUCAGGUAUUCUCAGUGAAUCGCUCCAGUUGUGGAUGUCUUGCCGAGCUACAAGAAGUCUGAUUGAUAUAACAACACAAUGCCUAUCAUGUUUAAUGAACUAUGACACCGAGUCAUGUAUUAAUGCUUUAUUAGACACGUGUGUUGCUCACAGUCCUCAUUUUGACUGGGUUGUAGCCCAUGUGGGUAGCUGCUUUCCAAGGACAGUUAUGACAAGAGUACUUUCAUGUGGUUUGAAAGACUUUUGCAGUAACCAGCAAGGACCUAAAGCUCCAAAACUCAACUCGGUUGUUCAAAUUUUAGGCUAUUUAGCAGGGAGUCAUUCGACUGACAUGAGAAGAGCACUUCUACAACUAUUCCAAUGGAGUCUGGAGAAAUCAAAAGUCUCUGAUGCUGUAACAACUCAUCAACAGUAUUCUACUGUCCCAUUUUUAUUACAACUCGCCUCUAUGUCCUCAACACUAUUGCGUUCUCUGAGCAUGGAUGUACUUCAUACAUUGACACCAAAAAUUUUAAGUCAGUUAGCAGAGCAAUCUGCAGACUGGUUAGCAUAUUAUGGAGGGCGUGAGGCUUUCCAAGACCUUCUGGUUCACCUUGUCUUAGGGUGUCCAAGCGGUGGACCAACUAUUUUAGCAUUACUUCUUGAUUGUGCAUCACCAUCCACACCAAAACUAAUGCCGACAACUCCAGAAGAAAUAGUUGUCCAAACUAAUGGCCAGGAAUUUCUCGAACUGCUGCUUCAAGAACUCUCUCUCCUCCUUCACCGUGUGGACGGAAACAUACCUUUCCUUAGUUCACUUCGUCAGGAUCUAAAGACAGUUCUCCCUCUCCUUCUCAGCCCUCUAAGACUGAGGGUUCAGUCUGCUCUUCGUCUUAUUGGCUUCAUGGGUCUUCAAAGUCCAAGUGUUUUUCCAAAUGCCAUAGCUUAUAUUUUAACCAAUGCUAAAACUGAAGACCAUCUAAGUGUUGUUGCCAAACUCCUUGAAAACCAGGCAAGUGCAAGUGGGAACUUUAGAAAAUCAAAUAGGACGGGCUUAUCUUUGGAGCAUUCAAAUAUCCUUCAGUUAGGUCUUGAACAAGCCUUACACAAAAAGGAUGAUGGUUUGUCUAUUAGGGACCUGUGGAAGAACCUUACAACUCUAUUACGAUGGGAGCGUUCAGGAAAAUUAAAAAACCAUAGUCAACCUGUACUUAAAGCAAUUUAUUCAUCGAUUGGAACAGCCUGCUCAUCAUUGGGUUCUAGUGUCAAACCUGAUGUAGCUCAUGCAGUAGCAGAAACUUUGGUUUUGGCUCUUGUUCAAGAGCCAGGGGAAAAGCCAACAUCUGUAACUCCCCCAAUCAUUCAAGAUGCUUUAAGAUUGGCACAUUCAACGGUUUCCUAUUUUUUUAUGUGUGUGGAAAUAGAUGAUAGCAGAGGUUUUGAAGGAUGCCAGGUUGCCUGUAAACUUCUUUCAAGACUUUCUCUACGGUCAUCUGCUGCUAGAUCUCUUGCUCUGAGAACUCUUCUAGAGCUUGCUCUUUUUCAUGGGCCUACUCAUCUCUUUGGAGCCAAUGAUUUAUUAAAUGAGGAAUUUUUCUCUGCAGAGGAAUCAGAUAUAAGACUAAUGGAUGAAAAUCUUAAGCAGGGUUUAAGCUGGGUGCUAGCCCAGAGACAUUCAUCAGUAUUUCAUGCUGGUGUCAUUGGCACUGGCCUGAGAACUUUAAACAAAAAAAAUACUACACCUAUAUCUUUGGUUCAAAGAAAUACACAGUUAUUUUUGGAUGCUGUGAGAUCCUGUUGUGUGUCCAAUGCCAUCUUGGACCCCACUGCAAUGGAGCCUGGAAUGCCUACACUUUCUCUUGAUACUGUUAUAUCAGUUUCCCUACUGUUAGUUGAGCUGAUAUCUCCAGAUGUUAUGUACAAUGGUCUUCCUUGGCCUGACGAGGAUGGAUGUAAAGCUACUGUGGAAAGAGAUUGUUAUAUUAGAAGAAAGCUGGAACAGGGCCCAAUCUUGUGGGAACUUCUUUGGUUCAUUGGUUUGCAGAGGCCAGCUUUGUGCUAUUGCUCGGUCAUUUUACGUGCUGUGACAGCAACAUUAAUUGCUCAAUGGGGUUCAUGUAGCCACCAUCGAGAUCCAUCAUUACUCCCAACAACAGUUAGGCUCCUUAGUCUCCUUGCUCUAGGACAGCUACUUCCAAGCCCUCUUUCAAGCUUGAGAGAUGUUGUCCCUCACAUAAAACCUCCAGAAGUUGUGCAAGUUUUAAGAGACUGUGUUUGGAAUUACAUGCGUGACCAUGUACCUGCACCUGAUCUCUUUUCAAGAGAUACUCAUGGAAAUAUGUGGCGUGAUUCAACUCAAGAACCCCCUGGACCUCAAUAUACAGAAACAAUGCGUUUAAUAAUGCUGGCAAAUAUUGAUAGUUUAGGAGAGUUAUUUGCACAACUGUUUAAUCAUUGAAAGAACAUGAUUUUCAUGUGACUUUUUAUUUCCAAUUUCUAUGACAUUUUCAGAUGCAAUUUUCAAAAGCUGUUUUUGUAUAGUUGUAACAGAACCUUUCUUAAACAUAAGAAGUGUACAGUCAAAUGUUUGUAAUUUUAAAAUUUUAAUGGACAGAAUGAUAUUUUUGCAUUAAGUACAGUGCAGAAGCAUACUCUGUAAAAGUACACAAAAUACCCUCGAUGAAUUAAGGCUAACUAGAAAUCACCAGCCUGUGAUAAUUGUAAUGCAGUAAAAUUAAAGAAUUCAAAUAAAAUAUUGAACCUGAUUACGGUUACGGUACAAAGUCUGAUAA